AAGGUCACAAAGUGUGGGGUUCGUGUGAACAGGGCACAGGAACUUUGUUUUAAAACGAGCAUCAGUGUAGCGAAGACUUUCCACUAUCUGACUUUCCGCCCUUCCGCACCCACCCGAAAGCCCCCUCCCCACGGGAAGUGAGCUCACCACUCCAGGAAUAAGAGUCUGGCGAGGAGGCCCUCAGCCACCGUCUCUGCGCAGAGCUCAGCAGGACCUCAGCUAUGAGACUUCUCCUCCUGGCCGUCCUGGGUGCCUGCUGCCUCACCGCCUGCCUCGUGGAAGGUGUGGGCAGUGAAGUCCCAGAAAGGCGUCUCUGUGUGAGUCUAACAACCAAGCCACUGCCGUUGAAGAGAAUCAAGACCUACACCAUCAAGGAGGGCUCCAUGAGGGCAGUGAUUUUUAUUACCAGGCGUGGCCUCAAGGUCUGUGCUGAUCCACAACACGAGUGGGUGAAAUCAGCGGUCAAAAGCAUAGACAGCAGGUCCAACAGUGGAAACAGGAUCCAGACCCACCCCACGGGAGCCCAGCAGACCACCCAUACGGCGGCGACCCUGGCCUGACAGAGGCUUUCCAACAUCCUGUGCCCUCCACAAGGCCAUGGACUAAUUAGCUUGUA